UGGGCUUUAUGAUGAAACCUGGCACCCUGCAGCUAUCAGACGUCUGCGACCGUAGUGUUUGUUGAGUUUGCUGGUAGCUUUUGUUCGAUAUAUCGUUAAUUAGCGUUAGCUACUGAGUAGCUUUUGACACAUCAAUACACUAAGUGUAAACAAUUCAAAUUUAGCUUACGUCUAACUGUAAAGCGUGAGAGGUUUUUCAUUUUGGGAGGCCUGCUGUGGAGCUCUUUACAGACAGCACCAUCUUCCUCAACUGCUCCCAUCCUCCUCACAUCCAUUUACUGCUCCUACUAGUUGCCUCCUCCAGUUCUCAAUAUGGCAAAUAUCUUCCUACUCUGGCAGUGCGACUGACCUCUGUCCUGUGCUACAACCAUGGAGAGAAAGCGCAGAAAGAAAUUAGUCUAGCUGCUCAGGCCAUUUGCAGUAUGGACUCAUUUUUGGAGCUCUGGACCUGAAAUGCUCUUAUCCAGACCCAGAUUUUAGCGGCUCAUUUCCUGUCUGAAAUAGCACACCUACUGCUGAAGUUUAAAGGGCCUGUUCAAACUGAUGAUUGACGAUACUUCACAACCCAAAAUGCUCCUCUUUCCUAUGUGGGUGUCUGUGCUUCUGGGGCUGUUGGUGGGCUUCCUGCCUGUAGUGGGGAUGAAGCCAGCAGGAGGGACUAAAUCUGACCAAACCUCCAGCUCAAAGCUCCUCUUGUCACCGCCCUCUAACUGCUCUCAGUUAACACUCCAGCUGGAGUUCUCCUCCAAGGUGGUGGAACAUGAGUAUAUCAUAGCAUUUACAGGGUAUUUCUCAGCAAAAGCUCGCAGCCUGUACAUCAGCAGUGCCCUGCGAAAUGCUGGGAACGGAGCACUGGAAUGGCACAUCGUUCCUAGAGAAAACCCAGCCUCUGACUUCCCCAGUGACUUUGAGCUGGUCCACAUCCACCAAGCUUUGCCCAGCAGUCUGCUGACCCUAGAGGACCACCCUUACAUCAAGAGGGUGACGCCACAACGCAAAGUGUUCCGUUCACUGAAAUACAUACACUCACCUGAACCUGCUGCACCCUGCGAUGCCACCGGUGGGAUGCAAAAAUGGCAGUCAUGGCAAUCAUCCCGCCCUUUCAGACGCACCAGUCUGUCACUGGGCUUGGGUUUUUGGCAUGCCACUGGUCGCCACUCCAGCCGGCGGUUGCUGCGAGCCAUCCCUCGCCAUGUGGCCCAGAUCCUGCAGGCAGACGUACUCUGGCAGAUGGGCCACACUGGUUCUGGUGUGAAAGUAGCAGUGUUUGAUACAGGCCUGAGUGAAAAGCACCCACAUUUUAAGAAUGUGAAAGAGAGGACCAACUGGACUAACGAGAAGACACUGGAUGAUGGCCUGGGUCAUGGUACGUUUGUAGCAGGAGUGAUAGCCAGUAUGAGGGAGUGUCAGGGCUUUGCCCCCGACUCAGAGCUGCACAUCUUCAGAGUGUUCACCAACAACCAGGUGUCAUAUACCUCAUGGUUCCUGGAUGCUUUCAACUAUGCCAUCCUGAAGAAGAUUGAUGUUCUUAACCUCAGCAUCGGGGGACCUGACUUUAUGGACCACCCCUUUGUUGAUAAGGUUUGGGAGCUGACUGCUAACAAAGUGAUCAUGGUCUCCGCUAUUGGCAAUGAUGGACCUCUGUAUGGUACCUUGAACAAUCCAGCAGAUCAGAUGGAUGUGAUCGGGGUUGGAGGCAUUGACUUCGAGGACAACAUUGCCAGGUUUUCCUCCAGAGGCAUGACCACCUGGGAGCUGCCAGGGGGCUAUGGCAGAGUGAAGCCUGACAUCGUCACCUACGGUUCUGGCGUUCGCGGAUCAGGGAUGAAAGAAGGCUGCCGCUCUCUGUCUGGCACCAGUGUGGCUUCUCCUGUGGUGGCUGGUGCUGUCACACUUCUGGCCAGCACUGUCCUCAACCGGGAGUUGGUGAACCCAGCCUCAAUGAAACAGGCUUUGAUCGCCUCUGCUCGCAGGCUACCAGGGGUCAACAUGUUUGAGCAGGGCCACGGGAAGCUAGACCUGAUCAGAGCUUACCAGAUCCUCAACAGCUACAGACCUCAAGCCAGUCUUUCUCCCAGCUACAUUGACCUGACAGAGUGUCCAUAUAUGUGGCCUUACUGCUCUCAGCCCAUCUACUAUGGUGGAAUGCCCACCAUCGUAAACGUGACCAUUCUCAACGGCAUGGGUGUCACCGGCAGGAUUGUUGACAAGCCCAUCUGGCAGCCCUACCUCCCCCAGAAUGGCGACCACAUCGAUGUGGCUGUCUCCUAUUCACCGGUGCUGUGGCCAUGGGCCGGCUACCUGGCUGUGUCCAUCUCUGUGGCCAAGAAGGCAGCAUCAUGGGAAGGGAUAGCUCAAGGCCAUGUGAUGGUCACAGUAGCAUCGCCUGCAGAGAAUGAUUCUGAGGUGGGUGGGGAGCUGACCUCUAUAGUAAAGCUGCCCAUAAAGGUGAAGAUUGUGCCCACUCCCCCACGCAGUAAGAGGGUGCUGUGGGACCAGUACCACAACCUACGCUACCCACCAGGCUACUUUCCCCGAGACAACCUCCGCAUGAAAAAUGACCCACUAGACUGGAAUGGGGACCACAUUCACACAAACUUCAGAGACAUGUACCAGCACCUGAGGAGUAUGGGGUACUUUGUUGAGGUGCUGGGAGCUCCCAUCACCUGCUUUGAUGCCAGUCAGUAUGGUACGUUGUUGAUGGUGGACAGUGAAGAGGAGUAUUUCCCUGAAGAGAUCACUAAGCUGAGGAGAGACAUCGACAAUGGCCUGUCACUUAUUAUCUUCAGUGACUGGUACAACACCUCGGUUAUGAGGAAGGUCAAGUUCUAUGACGAAAACACCAGGCAGUGGUGGAUGCCAGACACAGGAGGUGCCAACAUACCAGCUUUGAAUGACCUAAUCUCAGUGUGGGGGAUGGCUUUUAGUGACGGGCUAUAUGAGGGAGACUUCACCUUGGCUGAUCACGACAUGUACUAUGCCUCAGGCUGCAGCAUUGCUCGUUUCCCAGAAGAUGGAAUAGUCAUUGCCAAGAACCUAAAGGAUCAAGGACUGGAAGUGUUAAAGCAGGAGACAGCUGUGGUGGAAGGAAUCCCCAUCCUAGGACUGUACCAGACACCAUCUGAUGGGGGAGGCCGUAUCGUUCUGUAUGGAGAUUCUAACUGUAUAGAUGACAGCCAUAGGCAGAAAGAUUGUUUCUGGUUGCUAGAUGCUCUCCUACAGUACACCUCCUACAGUAUGACCCCUCCCAGCCUCAGCCACUCCCACAGCAGGGUAGCACCUCCUACAGGUACCGAGCACCCAUUGCCACAGAGACUGGAAGGCAACCAUCUUUACCGUUACUCCAAGGUUCUGGAAGCUCACCUGGGUGACCCUAAGCCCCGCCCACUGCCAGCCUGCCCCCACCUGUCUUGGGCAAAGCCACAGCCGGUGAAUGAGACAGCUCCCAGUAACCUGUGGAAGCACCAGAAGCUUCUCUCUGUGGAUUUCGACAAAGUGGCUCUACCUAACAUAAGGCCUUACCGCCCCCAGGUCAGACCUCUGUCUCCUGGAGAGAGUGGGGCCUGGGACAUCCCUGGAGGUAUAAUGCCUGGUCGCUACAACCAAGAAGUGGGCCAGACUAUCCCAGUUUUUGCCUUCCUGGGUGCGAUGGUUGUCCUGUCUUUUUUUGUGGUCCAGCUCACCAAGGCCAAGAGCAAACCCAAGCGUAGGAAACCUCGUGUCAAGCGGCCCACAUACCUCCAGCAGCAGACCACUGGAAAAAGCCCCACAGUUUGACGGGCACUGCAACUGAGGCUGGAGACUGGAAAAUUUGUGUUCCAAAGCAACACUGGAGAUUUGGAAUUGACAAAGUGGCUCUACCUAACAUAAGGCCUUACCGGAAUCUAAUGAGCUGUUGAGUUGUUGCAUUCUCAAACUCUCAAGCCUGCUAGACAUGAACAUGCGACUCCCGAGUGUCUCUUGGAUACUAAAGCAGUUUUUGUGUCUCGUCUGUUCAAGAUUUUCUGUGUGUGUUUGUGUGCAUUUGUGGACUAAUGAACAGUAUUAGACAGUGUUACACACAAUGUAAAACACAGUGUACUAUUGGCUCUGAGAAAUGCCUAGUUCAUAGAGACAUGUCAACAUUUUCCUCUUUUCUUUGACCAAACAAUUUCUUUAUCAAUGAAAUGUUAGACUUUUUAUAUUUAUUGAAUUUGUUCAUUCCCUAAUACACACACUCAGAAACAAACUACACACAGAUUUACAAUGUGUAAAUCUGAAGGUAUCAGAUGAAAAUGGAUUGCAUACACAAUGACAGAAACACACCGGAUACACAGACAUUUUCCACUUGAGGACCAUUGGAUGAUCAGGUUGCCUUCUCUUCUGUCAUCAUCCACUGUUUUGUAAAAUUCUUUGCCCACAUCUGUUUAAGAUCAGUCUCUUCAUUGUUUUUAUAGUUUAUAUAAUGAAUGAACUCUGACCAGGCAUUCUGUUGAUCUUCUCCUUCAUGUCAACAAAGUAGCACUGACGGACUCCUCCUGAUUAUUUCAUGAAUUAAAAAAGCAUUCUAAAAGUAAUCUGAUAUUUAUUCUUUAUCCUUGAGUUAUAUUUAGUUAUGCAUCAUUGUUGCAUUUGAUUUUAUUAAUAACUCAGAUUUGUAAGAUAUCAAAUGCUAGAAAAUUAACCCCAGUGCUACUGAACUUUAUUCUGGUGCCACCAUCAGGCCAAAUUUUGGACUUGUGCUUAAAUUUAAGAUCUAAAAUUUGGCAUAACUUUAGAAGACUAUGCCAUCAGUUUUAGCAUUGCACUUCAAAAACAUUGUUGGAGUCGUGAUGGACAGUUUACAGAAGGAUCCAAAUAGAUGGAACAGAACCAGUGAUAUUGCCUGUAGUAAUACACAUUCCUUUUUGUCAAAGCUUACAGCCUUGCUUAGCUAGUGUGCAACUAGCCAGUGUAGCCUUGAACCUUUACUACUAAAGGUGCGUUCACAUUAUCUUGGAAAAACACCUUUUCACGUGCUUUGCCAUUGUUGUAUAUGUGCUACACAACUCUGCACUGUUUGCAAUGCCCAGAACAGAGAGAAAAGUUCAAAUUUAUUUAACUUUGAACCAAACUGCACUGACUUUUGUGGAUGCAGCCAGUUACUGUUGUCCACAGCUUGAACUAAAAAAAAACUAAUUAGCUUACUUGUAUUUUCAAAUUUGCCAAACUGCACAAUAACACCUUGCUGUCACUCUGAGACCUGACAACAGCACAGCCUGGUAUAAUAUCAGCAUGCAGAUGCAACUACCAAGAUGGUUUAAAACAGUCUCUGAAAUGUAGCAACCUUCAGUUAGUAACAAUAGCAUUGUACCUGAAGUGGUCAUUUUCUAUAGCGCACCUGGUGUUUCAAAUGGGUAAAUACUGCAUCAACGAACAUGAAAUGUGCAGUGCAGUACCAGUAUUUUAGAGCUGUAAGUGAAUAUGCCUUUACCCCACAUGGGCAGAUUUUUCAGUUUCACAGACUCAGACCCAGUCAAUUAUGGAGCCACAGAGAGCUUUAUACAACUUUUUCACAUCUGGAGUAGUACGCAAAGAUCUGUAAAAACACUGAUGUGUAAACCUGUGGAGCUCCAUGUCAUGUGCAGAUUUGUUCAGAGAGACAGUAAACCUUCACUGUAAUUUCACUAGAGCUCAUGUUUGGUGAACUUUGAUAUGCACAUUUGUGCCUAUAGCCAAUUGCAAACCAUCUCAACAGUAAUCACCUUUGAAUAAAUGGAGACGAGUAGACAAUCCAAAAUAAGUUAUUUUAACAAUGUUAAUACUGUAUGAACAUCAGAUGGUGCCAUGUGAUCAAAAUAAUUACCAAGUUUUUUAGGAUUUUUUAAAAUUCCUACACAUUGUGGCUUUAAUAGGAUUAUUGUCAUGACAAUUACUGAUAUUAUUUGGUUUGAUUUAUUCAUUCAAGCAUGUAAAACAGUUAAU